UACCCUCUCUAUAUUCAGUAGCCCAAACACAUAGGCUCUCAGUUCUCUUGAAGCAUGGGGAAGUAUGUUGUGGCUAGCCUCAUACUCCUAAUUAACCUCACAUCACUCCUUCCUUCUCUUGCUUGUCCCUACUGCCCUUAUCCAACCCCUCCUCCCCCUAAGAAGAAACCCCCAAGACCACCAUCACCACCAAAGGUCCAUCGUUCCCCUCCUCCGCCACCACCAUCUCCACCCCCACCAUCCCCACCACCACCAUCACCACCAAAGCCAAAGCCAUGCCCGCCACCACCAUCACCACCACCAAAGCCAAAGCCAUGCCCGCCACCACCCAAGGCGCCAUCAUCCAAUUGCCCGAUCGACACGCUAAAGCUCGACGCAUGCGUCGACCUCCUUGGAGGGCUUGUGCACAUUGGAAUCGGCGAGGAUGCGAAAGAGAAGUGCUGCCCGGUCCUCGAAGGGCUCGCCGACUUGGACGCAGCUCUGUGCUUGUGCACCACCAUAAAGGCCAAGCUCUUGGGCAUAAACAUCCUUCUGCCCGUUGCUCUUGAGGUGCUGGUGGACUGCGGCAAGCACUUACCAUCUGACUAUCAGUGUCCUUCUUAGGUUAUAUAAGCUUGUAUCAUGUCUUGUGAUAUGCUUUCAUUUGUGUUUGCUUGCAUCCUUACCUUCUGAAGCUCGUCAUCGUGAGAGGUUUAAAUGCCUCUCUGUCCGUUUAUUUGAAAGUUUUAAAUAAAAGUCCUCCAUGCCUGCUUCUAUUUAUUUUUAAGAAUGAAUUAUUAUUAUUAUUAUUA